ACUUGUUUUCGCUCCCUCGAUUUGAUCGUUCCUCACAAACUCACUAUUUAUUAGUAGUAGUAGUACAUAAAACUUACUUGUUCUCUUCUCUCUCACUCCACUGCUUUUGUAUGGCAGGGUAUCAGUGGCAGUGCAGAAAAAGGAAGGAAGGGAGAGUUUUCAUUGGGAAGGUAAAACCCUUUUUUGGCACCAAUAUCUCUUCCUCUCCCUUCUUCUCUAACUCAAGUUUUUUUCAUCCUACCUCUAUGCCCCGCGUGCACUCUUCUGUUCCUUAUUUCACUCUUCACUAAUAACCUUCUUAUGUCCACUAGUUACUUACUUACUCAUUAAUAAAUGCUCUAAAUCUAUCCUAACACUCAUUUUCCAAAGGAAAUCUCUGCAGGCUUUUGCCAGUAAUAGUAGAAGAAACAAAACAUAAACCUUCUUCAUUCAUGUAACUGACUGUAACUAUACCCUCCAUCACACUAUCACUAUUUCUGUAAAAAUAAAUAAAGCCUGUUACUUUUUUACCAUAAAACCCGGGUGACCCCUUCAGUAUAUCAUUCAGAGUAAUCAACCCUAUUUUAGAGAGAGAGAGAGAGAGAGUGAGAGAGUGAGUGAGUAAUAAAUAGGAAGUGAAUGGUGUGUGAAGAAGUAGCAUAAUAUUGAUUGAUUCAAUAUGGAGGGUAGUUCUAAUGGAACAUCUUCUUAUGUUAUGGCUUUUGGAGAAAACAGUGGUGGGCUAUGUCCAAUGAUGAUGAUGCCUUUAGUCACUUCUACUUCUCAUCAUGCAACUACUACUCAUCAUCCAUUAAAUAAUAAUAAUAAUAAUAUUAACACUACUAAUACCACUAAUGCAAAUACAAACUCUCUCUUCCUUCCUAUAUCUUCCACUAAUAAUAAUAACCUCUUCACCAACUGUAAUAACACUACUGUAGGUAACAAUACUACCUCUUCUAUCAUGUUUCACAACAACAACAACACUCCUGGUUUAGGUUACUAUUUUAUGGACAAUAACAACAACAACAACAAUGGAAGCUCUUCUUCCUCUUCUUCUUCUGUUAAAGCCAAGAUCAUGGCUCAUCCUCACUAUCACCGUCUCUUGGAAGCUUACAUCAAUUGUCAAAAGGUUGGAGCACCAGGUGAAGUGGUGGUGAGGUUAGAAGAAGCAUGUGCAUCUGCAGUGACAAUGGGUGGAGAUGCAGUUGGAUCAGGGUGUUUAGGUGAAGAUCCAGCUUUGGAUCAGUUCAUGGAAGCUUACUGUGAGAUGUUGAUUAAGUAUGAGCAAGAACUUUCCAAACCCUUCAAGGAAGCCAUGCUUUUUCUUCAAAGGAUUGAGUCUCAGUUCAAAAAUCUCACUAUUUCUUCUUCAGAUAAUAUUGGUUGUAAUGAAGGUGGAGGAGAUAGGAAUGGAUCAUCUGAAGAAGAUGUUGAUCUAUACAACAUGAUAGAUCCUCAGGCAGAAGACAGGGAAUUAAAGGGUCAACUAUUGAGAAAGUACAGUGGAUAUUUGGGGAGUCUGAAGCAAGAAUUCAUGAAGAAGAGGAAAAAAGGAAAACUACCAAAAGAAGCAAGGCAGCAAUUACUUGAAUGGUGGAGCAGACAUUACAAAUGGCCUUACCCUUCUGAAUCACAGAAGCUGGCACUUGCAGAGUCAACAGGUUUGGAUCAAAAGCAAAUAAACAACUGGUUUAUUAAUCAAAGGAAAAGGCACUGGAAGCCUUCCGAGGAUAUGCAGUUUGUUGUGAUGGAUCCAAGUCAUCCACAUUAUUACAUGGAUAAUGUUCUCACCAAUCCAUUUUCCAUGGAUCUUCCUAACACCAUGCUCUAGAUAUUAUUAAUUACAUUAUUACACCUCCCUGCUUCUGGUUAACUCUCCCUCUUAAUUAACUAUGUGUUGUAUGGCAUUCAUAUGUCACUUCGAAGUUAAUUAAUUAUAAAACCUUAUAAUAUUAUAUAUUCAUAUUAAUUAUUAAUA